AUGGAUAAGCUCCAACUUGUUGGCGAUGACGACGGAGUUGGAGUCCACACCCAAAUGAAGUGUGAAGCUUUGGCUGACGGCGAGGGAAAAACAUUACGAAUUAGAUGCGGAGAAGCUAGAACGGCAGACUAUCGCGAGAAUUGCGCAUUGUUCUGGCUAGAGAUCAGCGACUUGCUGAAGAUUCCUAGUUCAACUGCGGCGGGAGGUGUUUCCUCCUUCCAAAUGGGCCUCAUGGAUGACCUAUUUGAUGCAUAUGUCGCAAAGGGAGCAGUGCGCUUGCUGCCCAUGGUGUGUCCAUCGGAGAGAGAAGCUUUAGCCCAAUACCUCGCUGAAAGGAAUGCAGAGCGUUCACUGUUGGUAUUUAAGAUGCUACUACUCGACGUGCUUGACGUGAUUACAGCAAACUUUGACGAAUAUGUACGAGAACCUGGUCCGUUAGGCUACCCACACGCCACCAAGAGUGGAUCGAUGAGGAAUGUUUUGGCUCAACUAGCCAAACGAGCAGCAGGCGGUGGCGUAUUUAACGGCGAUCGGCGAGCCCAUUUGCACCACAUCCUCUUGACCCCUGCACUAUGCCGGAUGUUCCGCGAGUUCCUCGAAGCCCGAAACUCGGUCGAAAAUCUGCUUUUCAUCAUCGAUGCGCUGGCGUUUGAAGAUCUGACAAACACUUUGAAGCACGCGCCAUCCACUUCGUUCAUGACACAACCUGAAAAUCGAGAGAAAUCCGCGGUUGUUGUCCAGAGUACAGCAUCCCUAUCAAUGGAGUCUCACCAAGACUACUGCGUCCGACAGGCGCACAAGAUUUUCAACAAAUACGUGCGCUUCGGAUCGAAGGCAGAGGUGUGUCUAGGAACCGCCGUCAAAGACCGAUUGCUGGAGCGCCUUGUGGAGUAUCCGCUAGGUGCGGAUAUCUUCAGCGAUGCCGUUCUUCUCUGCAGUGCCGAAUUGGUUCAGUCACAUCUCGAUGCUUUUUAUCGCACAGUGGCCUAUUUGUCGUAUCAAUCCGAAGCUCAGAGGCAGAAUGUACAACAACAAAACAAGCUGGCUAAUGGUAAGCAGAGCCGUGGCGUUGAAGACAAAGCCCUAGAACUGCAAGGCCCAUCCAUCGAUGACAGUAUUCCUGCCAUACCCACAGCCGUAACUACAGCCAUUCUGGAAGGUGCGGGUGUGCAUUCGUUUCGAGACUUUUUGCGAGAGCAGGGGGACGAGAACACACUGUUCUUCUACAAAGAAGUGUGUGAGUUCCAACGUCUCCCCCAUAGUCAGCAGCAGUACAUUCAAAUGCGCGCGCGACGGAUAUUUGACAAGUACGUUCGUCGUGGAGCGAGGUUGGAGCUGGAGAUGCCGGUUGAGACUCGACGAGAUAUCCUCUGGAAGCUGGCGACCCCGACGGAAGCCACGUUCUCAGAUGCGCAGCGCCUGGUCCUUCGGCAAUGGGAAACACGUGACUUACCGAAAUUCCGCAACAGUUCGCUGUAUCAGGAAAUGCUGGAUCAGAUCGCCGCGUCACCUGCGUCACCACAUCCAGGAAUUUCACACGACGGAGAGGAACACACGACCAGCAAUUCUAGUAGCGUCGGCUUUCUCGAAGUCUCUAAACUAUCUCUACGUGAGUUCUUGGAGCUCGAGCUACUUCGCAAGUACUUCCGACGGUUCUUGGAGCGUGAGCAGUGCGCAAACGAGUUGUAUUUCUUCUUCGAGAUCGCCACAUUCCAGCAGUUCCCGACUUCCGACUACCUCGCUCGACAGGCGAGAAAGCUGUUCAACCGGUUCUGUGACCCGCAAUCCCGUGAGUUUGUGCCCUUUUCUUCGCCAAUAAUUCACACAGACCUGCAAAGCAGUUUAACUAGCUCCAGUCCGGCCAUCAACUGCGAGCAGCUCAACUAG